AUGGCCAAACUAGAGGAUGACCUUGGAUUCGUUUUUGCCUGCCGGGUGGUGAGCAAGGCAGCCAUGGAGAAGAUUGCCGAGAAGGUUGUGUCUCUGUCUGACGAAAGAGCGCUGCCUUCUAAGAAACGUAAGAGGCCAUCCUCGUCGGACAGUCCUCAAAAAAGAGAAGAAGGCGUCCAGACCAAAAGGACCACGAUCCUUUUCGGCUAUAGCUGCAGCUUCUGUGAAGAACCAGCAGCCACAGCUACCUACGACCCCCCCCCUCAGGGAAGUUCCCGAAAGGGAUCAGUUGUAGAGACACCUGAGGCUGCGUGGGAAAAACGCCGUUCCCGAAAGGAGAAGAGGCAACUGAGGCGGGCGGAGGUCGCCUCUAUAAAGAAUGUGGCAGUGAAGGCACAGCCGACUGGCAUUGCCCAAACUGGGCCCGGCUCGGUCUCUGCUCCGAAAAAGUCCCGGCCAAAAAAGCCCAGGACGGACGCAAUUCUGGGCACCGUCCGUGCUCUUGAGCCAAAGACAUCAGUUGAGGUUCGAGACAUUGAUUGUGUGUCGACGGAGGUUGAUGUUGUUAAAGCCCUGAAGAAAGCUAUCCCCGAGCUUGGCGGGCAAACGGCUUUUCUUAAGGUCAGGCUCACAACACAGAAUAGGAGUCAGCAGCGGAUGGCGGUCACCAAGAUGGCAGACGCACAUGCCAAUAAGGUGCUGGCACUCAAGCAUCUGAGAGUCGGCUGGGUUAGAGCAUUAAUUGAUGCUGGUAGCCAAAGUUCCUUCAUUACUGAAUCAUGUGUCAGUCAGUUGUGUUUACCGAGACGGAAAGUUGUUCAACCAAUUUUAGGAUUGUCUGAAGUGUCUGUUUCCAGCAACAAAGGACUAGUACCCUGUGUAAUCAAGCCUUUGCAUCAAGAUAACCCUUCACUGAGAACGGAAGCCAUUGUUUUAAAUCGGAUCACUUCACCGCUACCUUCUACUGCUCUUGAUGAUAAGGUUAAAAUGUUAUUUCAAGGUUGGGAUUUGGCCGAUCCGGAGUUUUACCAACCUGGAAGAGUUGAUCUUCUUAUUGGUGCUGAUUUGUUCCCACAGCUUUUUGACGGUGGGCGGCGUGAUACGCCAUCUGGAUUCCCUACUGCCUUUCACACCAUUUUUGGAUGGUUGCUCAUCGGUGAAUCACGUUUGCCAAUUCCAACGACUCAGUCCGUUUCUGUUAAUUUAGCUAUAUUAGACCAAGUAUCACUGGAGUCGAAUCUGCGCAAGUUCUGGGAAAUUGAAGAACCCCCGAUGAAUCAUUGCCAAACUAGCCCAGAAGAUGAACGAUGUGAGUCAAUCUACGCGUCAACAGUUCAAAGAGAUUCAGCUGGUCGUUUUGUUGUUGACCUGCCCUUUAAAAAUGAUUGUCCCGACCUUGGUGAGUCGUACAGCAGAGCCAAGCAUUGUUUUUUAUCUCUGGAAAGAAAAUUCAAUCAAAAUCCUGAUCUAAAAGGAGCCUACUCAACAUUCAUGAAUGAAUAUAGAGAUUUGGGUCACAUGUCCGAGGUUGUAAACUCUGUAACACCAGCUUACUACAUCCCGCAUCACGGAAUCUUCAAGAAAAACUCCUCUUCGUCAAAACUACGAGUAGUAUUUAAUGCAUCAGCUCCAACCUCAACUGGAAAAUCACUAAAUGAUGAAUUGUUAAUAGGUCCGAAGCUUCAGACUGACAUUUGUAAAAUUCUUUCGCUUUUUCGCCUUCACUUGUAUGUAUUUACAACCGACAUUGAGAAAAUGUAUCGUCAAAUACUUGUCAACCCGCAACAUAAGUCUUUUCAAGCAAUUUUGUGGAGAGAUAGCCCAGAGAAACCUAUGUCUACCUUUCUUCUCAACACAGUAACCUACGGUGUAUCAAGUUCGCCAUUCUUAGCCUUGCGUUCUUUAAGACAGCUGGCUUUGGAAGACUCCGAAAAAUAUCCUCUUGCAAGUGAGGUUAUUUUAAACUCAAUGUUUGUCGAUGAUGUCCUUACAGGAGGUGACUCACUUGAUCACACCCUGAAAAUAAAAUCUGAACUAAUCAGUCUCUUAGAUUCUGGUGGAUUUAAACUUAGGAAAUGGUCCAGCAACAAUCAUAAAAUAUUAGAAGAUGUUCCAUCUCAUGAUCAAGAAUUCAUUUUUGGAGACGAAAGCUCUGCCGAUCCCUCUAUCAAAGUCUUAGGCCUUAAAUGGAAUCCAAAUUCAGACAAGUUUUCUUACGAUGUUCACAUAGGACAACCACCUUCUACCAAACGUGGCCUAUUGUCUCAAGUAUCCAAGGUCUAUGACCCGCUUGGGUUAAUUACACCUGUAGUCCUUUGGGCAAAAUGUUUGAUCCAAAAAAUUUGGACUCUGGGACUCGACUGGGAUCAACCGCUGCCAAUUGAUAUUGUUCGUCAGUCUUCCAAGUUUUUUGAAACUCUUCCUCAUCUCAGCAACUUAACCAUUCCCCGACUGGUUCUGCUUCCAGAAACCACUGACGUUCAGCUCCAUGGAUUUUCGGAUGCCUCGGAAGUUGGCUACGGAUGUGCUAUCUACUUAAGAGUUGUUAAUUCUGAUGGAAAACCUCUUACCAACCUUAUUAUGGCAAAAUCCAAAGUUGCACCCUUAAAGAAAAUUUCAAUUCCUCGCUUAGAGUUGUGUGGAGCAGUUUUACUUAGUAAAACAAUGUUUUUUUGUAAAAACAUGUUAGCCUACAAAUUUGGAAAUAUACCCACUUUCGCCUGGACCGACUCUCUAGUAACACUACACUGGAUCCGCACCGCACCUCAUCAGCUCAAGACUUUUGUGGCUAACCGGGUCGCUGAACUCCAGACUUUGCUCGAACCCGCUUGCUGGCGACAUACACCGACAGAUACCAAUCCUGCUGAUUACGCAUCAAGAGGCCUACUACCCCAUGAAAUCUUAAGAAAUUCCCUAUGGUGGAUUGGACCUAAUUGGCUCAUGGAGGAACCAAUGUCUUGGCCAACUCAACCUUUACCUGCUCUAACACCCAACGAGUCACUGCUUGAGUUUCGCCCAUCUGCGACAUGUGCACUAGUUGCCGCCAAAGACACAAAGAAUGAGUUCACUGCCUUAGUUGACAAACAUUCACAGUUCACCAAACUACAAUCUUGUAUUGGAUGGAUAUUAAGGUUCAUACAUAAUUGCCAAAAGAAGAAAGAGAAGAUUACUGAACCAUUUCUUACUUCUAAGGAACGUGCAUCAGCCCUACACCUACUUGUGAAACUAACUCAAUCAAGUUACUUACCUGAUCACAUUGAUAAACUUGCCACUGAUCAGACAUGUCCUAGUCUUCAGCGGUUAAGUCCAUUUUUAGAUGAACAAGGACUCAUUCGUGUGGGUGGACGUUUGAAAAAUUCCCAGCUACCAUACAAUGCUAAAUUUCCUAUGUUGUUGCCAAAACAAUGUCACUUAACCAACCUACUUAUAGACCACUACCAUCUCAAGCACUUGCAUGUAGGCCCAAGAACCUUGCAGUCACUACUGUCUCAACAGUUUUGGAUUAUUUCAGCUAGGCAAGUCAUCCGUCAUCGAUUAUCCAAGUGCCUAGUUUGUGUUAAAAUGAAAGCUAACUCCAUUCAACCAUACAUGGGUAACUUACCUGGCUCACGAAUUACGCAAAGCCGCCCUUUUCUCCAUGUAGGCAUUGAUUUUGGUGGACCCUUUACCACAAAAACGGACAAGUUGCGCAAACCACAGUUACUGAAGAGCUAUGUAUGUUUGUUCAUAUGUUUUAGUACAAAAGCAAUCCAUCUCGAGUCAGUCUCGUCUCUCUCUACGGAAGCAUUCUUAGCUUGUUUUGAUCGAUUCGUCUCAAGAAGAGGUCUUUGUGCACAUAUCUACUCAGACCAAGCAACUAACUUCGUGGGAGCAGAUCGAGAACUCCAAGAACUUCACAGUCUACUUCACAAGACUCCAACUUCAGAUGCCGUUCUUUCAAAACUCGCCCAGAUGGGAAUCAGCUGGCACUUCAACCCACCUGCUGCACCACAUUUUGGCGGACUAUGGGAAAGUGGAAUCAAGUCCAUGAAGUAUCACUUAAAACGAGUUGUUGGAAAUCAGAUUCUAACUUUUGAAGAGUUCUCAACAUUAUUGACAAAGGUCGAAGCAGUCCUCAAUUCUAGGCCUCUGUGUAGUCUUUCAACUGAUCCCAACGAGUAUGAGACUCUAACCCCUGGACAUUUUCUCAUAGGAGAGCCUUUGGUAGCUAUCCCCCAGACUGAUUUAACAAACCUUCCACAGAAUCGUCUUUCUCGCUGGCAAAUGAUCCAACAGGCACAACGAUCCUUUUGGAAAGUAUGGAGUCAAGAUUACUUGCAUCAGUUACAACAGCGAUACAAAUGGACACGAGAUUCACCCAAUUUGAAAAUCAAUGACUUAGUCCUAAUAAAGGACAAAAACCUUCCCCCUUUGAAGUGGACUACAGCUCGUGUCAUCCAGACACACCCAGGGAAAGAUGGCAUCGUCCGAGUCGCCACUCUGAAGACACCAGCUGGACAACUUCAGCGACCUGUCGUGCAGCUGUGUCCCCUUCCUCAAGAGAAUUAA